UAGAGCAUAAUCUUUUGGCUGAUAAAAACGCAUACAUGUAUUAGACUCAUGUGUAUGCUAUGGGUUUAUUAGGCUACUGUUCACUGUAGCCAAUUUGGAAUUAGAUGAGCAGCAAUUGUUAUUCCAUUGUGUUCAUUUUAAUUUGAUAAUCGUGACACAUUUUUUUAUUGGAACAUGCCCACUUAGUUAUUCUACAACCAUUUACAAUUGUAAUAUGUGCAUCAUGUCUUUUUAGGCCCACAACAUCUCCAGUUUUCAUCAUGUCUUAUUGCCUGUUAUGUACCAGUGCGUCAUCAUGUGUGGUCUCAGUGGAUGGACAGAAGGCGGGUAAUACAACGACAAAAGUGGCGCGUUUGGAAAUCGCGCGCUCCGCCCAACGUCCCGCCAUCCUCCUGUCAUCUAGUCGGGUGCCAAAUGCGCAGGCGCAAUGAGAUGAAUGGACUCUACAUUCCUUUUCCGGCUGCACCUGCACAAUCCCCCAGGAAGUGUGGUGCGAUAAAUCCUAAAGUAUUAAUCCCUUAUACCUGGAGGAAGGAGACCGAUAUUAGUAUGCAUUUCGGAUGGAACAUACCAUUUGUGUCGCCUUUCUAAUCUACAGGUCGUUUAAAUCGGCGCUACGCAAUUAAUGCAGGGUAAACAUAAUACCGUUAACUCCCUGCAAGUUUGGGUUAUUGUUUUUAUUGUACUGUAGCGUUGAGCUAUUCGAAAAUCGAACCCUGUCCUGCAAUGGGAUGCUGCGGUAGCACAGAGAGGACAAAGAGAGAAUGGAAACCCUUGGAGGAUCGAAGUUGCACGGAUUUGCCGUGGUUCCUUUUAUUUACUGUUUUCUGUGUCGGAAUGGGGAGUAUCUUUGGGUUCACCAUUGCCACAGGGGGCGCAGCCCGCCUGGUCUUCGGAUAUGACAGCUACGGGAACACCUGCGGCCAGCGCAAUGAGCAGAUUGAAGGGGUCAGACUGAGUGGACUGGAUCAGACGGACAAAAAAUACGUGUUCUUCCUGGACCCGUGUAACAUUGACAUAGUGCAGAGGAAGAUCAAGUCCAUGGCCCUGUGUGUGUCUGUGUGUCCUGAUGAAGAGCUGAAGACGUACCAGGACCUCAAGCGGUUUGCCGUGCACAACGGGUCGGAGCUGUGCUCCUACGAGCUAGCCGGCCACAAAUAUCCCAGCCUUCCAGAGAGGUUUGACAAAUGUCCCAAACUUCCAGUUCCACCAAGCAAAUCUCUCCCGGUGUUUAACCGCUGCACGCCGGUGGACAUCUCCUGCUAUGCCAAGUUUGCUGAGGCUGUGGUGACGUUUGUGAGUGACAACAGCGUGCUGCACAGGCUGAUCGCUGGUGUGAUGGCCAGCAAGGUGAUCAUCGUGGGCCUCUGCCUGCUGGCACUAGUGCUCUCCAUGAUCCUGAUGGUGAUCAUCCGCUACAUCUCUGCUGUGCUGGUCUGGAUCUUCACUGCCACGGUAGUCCUGGGCUCUCUGGCGGGCACAAGCAUCCUGUGGUGGAUGUACAUAGACUACCGGUUAACUGUCAACAAGACCCUAUCUAAAGAGACUGAAGAUGCUAAGGAGGAAGCUGAGAUGUCCAGGGACAAUGCCCAGGUGCUGCUGGUGUAUGCCAUCGCUGCCACCGUAUUUACAGUGAUCCUUCUCCUGCUGAUGCUGUUCAUGAGGAAGCGCGUGGCGCUGACCAUCGCCCUGUUCCACGUGGCCGGCAAGGUGUUCAUCCACCUGCCACUGCUCACCCUGCAGCCCUUCUGCACCUUCCUGGCCCUGCUCCUCUUCUGGUUCUACUGGAGUCUGGUGCUGCUCUUCCUCGGGACCACCGGGAAUCCGGUCCAGAACGAGGAGACUGGUCUGACAGAGUUCCGGCUGACUGGGCCUCUGCAGUACAUGACGUGGUACCACGCUGUGGGCCUCAUCUGGAUCAGUGAGUUCAUCCUGGCCUGCCAGCAGAUGACUGUAGCUGGGGCUGUGGUCACGUACUACUUCACAAGGGACAAGAACAAGCUGCCGGUGACACCCAUCCUGUCGUCAUCGUUGAGGCUGAUGAGGUACCACCUGGGCACUGUGGCCAAGGGCUCCUUCAUUAUCACCCUGGUCAAGAUCCCACGCCUCUUCCUCAUGUACGUCCACAACCAGCUCAAGGGCAAGGAAAAUGCAUGUGCUCGCUGCAUGUUGAAGACCUGUAUCUGCUGCCUAUGGUGUUUGGAGAAGUGCCUCAACUAUUUGAAUCAGAAUGCGUACGCGGCGACAGCCAUCAACAGUACCAGUUUCUGUACGUCGGCGCGCGACGCCUUUGUGAUCCUGGUGGAGAACGCUCUAAGGGUUGCGGCCAUCAAUGCUGUUGGAGACUUUGUCCUUUUCCUUGGCAAGAUCCUGAUCGUGACGUCCACAGCGUUCGCCGGUGUACUGCUGCUUAACUACCAGCGGGACUACGCAGAGUGGGUCCUCCCCCUCAUCAUCGUCUGCCUCUUUGCCUUCCUGGUGGCCCACUGCUUCCUGUCCAUGUUCGAGAUCGUGGUGGACGUGCUCUUCCUCUGCUUCGCCAUCGACACCAAAUACAAUGACGGCACACCGGGCAGAGAGUUUUACAUGGACAAAGCCCUGAUGGAGUUUGUGGAAAACAGCAGGAAGCUGGAGCGGGUGGCGGAGCGAGGGCGGAGCCGGCCCACUGAGGUGGUGUCGGUGGAGGGGGCGGAGAUGAAGCCCAUGGCUCCAGGAACAAGUUCAGCUUGACCAAAAUCAACUAAUGGAACUUUUUAAAAAGACAUUCCAAAAUGUUUAUUUUUACCAAUGUGUAACAUGUUUACUAUGGUUUCACUCCAGGGAAUACAAUAUUUUAAUAAGAAACUGUAAAAAAAAAAAAAAACACUAUGUAAUGAAGCACUUUAUAUUGAAGCCCUGCAUAUUUUAAAAGGCUGAUGCAUUUUUCGUAGUGAUGUCCUUUUUUAUAAGACUAAAAAAAUGAUUGCCAUCUAGUCGAACACAGUACUAAAAUGUAUUGAAACACUUUGGGUUGGACAUUUGUCAUGCAAUGAUAUAGCACUUAGAUGUGUGUUUUUAAUCAACCACUGAAACUUAAGUACGUUAGACUCACGUUUGCAUUUGAAUUGUGCGCCAUACGAGUUUUUGUUUUGAAAGUAGGUGUAUUUUUACCAGAUUGCAGCAUACUUCUGAAAGGCCCCCCCCCCCCCCGCUGCGGCGGUCAUGAAAUUUUGUCAGCUGGUCUCAUGGUAAUUGACCGUUAAUUAACAUGAACAUGUUUAGCAUCUCCUGGCUUCCAUGCAUAGCCUACAAGCCACUGAUGCAGUCCUUUGGAACAUACAUUUAAAAAAAGUAUAAAUCUAUUUAAUAUAGCCUACAGGUCUAAAUAAACAUGAUACAAAGAAAAUGUAGUCUAUUUCAGAAGAACAGAAUAGCAUACUCUGAAUUGUCCUUAUGUUAGGCCCCGAUCUGGCUAUGCUACACUUCACUAGUGUACCUACUAGGUACUAAGGGUUCAUUUCUUUGAAUUGGACUUGACAUUAACAGAGAACAAUCCAGAAGGCUGCAAAGUCUGUUGCUUUUCUUAGAACUCAACCAAUUGUGCCCUAGUCUAUUGAUUCACUUGGUUUAUUCAUCAAACCAGUCAGUCUUUAUUUGUAUCGAUGGACAUUUGACCUAAUUGGAGUCCUCUUCCACUGUUGUGGGAAGUCUCAGUAGAAAGCAAACUCAGACUUUGUAGCCCUCAAGCAAUAACGCAACACCGUCAGUAUUUACCACUACAAAAAUGUCUUCCUACUUGCACUACAGUUUUUCAAGACAAACGGUCCUGGCAUAGCGAUAGCAUCUCUGAUGUUAGGUGAGGGGGACACAAACUCGCACUUUGCCUUAACCGGUUCCAUAGGCUGCGCGCACUAUGUUAUUGGUUAGUAAUGUGACUCCCAUAAGUGUAUAAUGGGGGUAGAAGUGCUGUAAGCCUUAAAGUCCCCUCUUCUUUUUGCAGUAGAUGUGUAUUUGAUACCCAGAGCACUGAAUCCAUCGACACGACUGAAGAACAACUGUCCCCCCCCCCCCCUUUUUUUUGAUUGAUUGAUAUAAGUCAGAAAAUGCUACCUUUUUUGUUUAUGUGAAGGGGUUCAGAAUGGUAUGAAUUGCACAUUAUGAUGUAUGCCGUUAUUUUGUAAUGGGAGUUUAAUAAUGUGUUGACAAGACUGAAUAGUAUUCUGAAAUUAAGUGAUCCUGGUGGAGAUUUUCAAUGUUGUUGAAAGGAGAGGUGGCUGUGACUGUUUACACAACCUUUCAUUUUCAGCCUCGUGUGAGCGAACAAGCGCCAGCCGUCCUUCACAAAAACAAUGUUUCAAGAUAGGAAAACUAAAGUAUUUUGGUAAGCUUUUCUCCGGGUAUACACUAGGAUUUACCCAGGAAAUAUUAAGAGCAUGCAUGUGAAGGUCAAACCGAAUUGUCCUUGCCACAUAAAUCUAAUGCGCAAAGCAUGUUAAGAAUUGAAUACCACUAAGGUGGUAUUCAUUUCAACACAGAUCAAUUUAAGAUAUCUGUUAAAAUAGUUAAAUGUCUAGUUUGGUCAGUCAGUACAUUUGAGAGCUUUUUCAGAGGACAGAACUUUCCCAAGUGAGCAAACUUGCCCUAAAAGACGCCUAGUGCAAUCAAUGAAUCCACUUAUGACACAGGGCAUACUACUGAUAACUUUGCAAUUAUCUGGGUAUGUGUCCAUUAUAGAAGACAAAGCUUAUGCCCUAGGGACACAUUACAUCGGGCACUACCAGUCAUAACCCACGCUGUUCUGUUUGCCAAACUCGACCAGUCGACGCACACAAUAGGAAACUCAAACACUGACAACUUGGACAGAGACGUUGUUGUGCAAAAUGGGGGAACACUGGUGUGUUCAUUUUCAGUUCUGGUUUAUUUUUCUUUCAAACAUUUUUAUUCGCCUGUAAAGCAAGCUGCUCCGCGGAGACGCUAUGCUUGAUUUGUCAGCUUCUAUUGCCGCGCGUAGGAAAGCCCUACUACUUGGAAGAGCCAGUAUUGUUAAAGCCAGUAGCUACUCAAAACGAUGGACCAUAAACGUCCUGCAUGUUUUCCGUCCCGAUUUUAUUCUCGCUCCCAUUUUAGAGCGGGCCAUCAAUAUGUUGGGUGUGAAUAUUACGGCAUUAGAUCCACGUGACUUAACACUGACUUUACUUAUAGAACAAUAGCUUUACUCAGCAACAAAGCCACUGUUUUUCGAGAUGAGUCAACCUCUUCUUCGUUCUUGGAAACAAACUGAGCGUCUAUUCUUGUCACACAGGAAUGGACAAUUCCUAGAAACAGAUACUGUUAUGAAUAGGCAACACAUCAGUUUAAUUGUCUGGUAACACUAGCUUUUAGCUACUUCUCUGCGUAAGGUUGUUUAACAUUUGGACAAUGUUUGAUUUUUAUAUUUAUUAUUUAUGUAUAUUUGUUAAAGAUAAAAGGUAAUAAAUUGGAAAAUGUA